UAGGCUACUGGUGAACAGUGGAGCUGGGCAGGAUUUUGGUGCGCUAUCACCGAACAGUGUGUCUGUGACCGUUUGUGAAGAAGCGUGGAAGAAGGAUGGAGGGUGAACAACUGAACGUAGCAAAUCUGGACUAACUGGGGAAGCGCAGUUUUUGAACUGGUUUUUCUGGGGGAACGGUUUGUUUUGAAACGGGGGGAGUUCUUUUCAGCCACAUGUUAAGAUGCCAUUUGCCAAAAGGAUCGUAGAACCUCAGUUAUUGUGCAGGCAUACGAUUCCCAACGAGGAAGGCUUGCUUUUUGAAGACCUGUGUACCAUCAACAAUGUGGCUUUAUCGCGGACUCUGCGACAGCUUUCCGACCUUGCCAAGCACGCGUGUUCCUUGUUCCAGGACCUGGAGAAUGACAUCGUAUCAACAAAUGAACGGGUUUGGGUGCUUCAUAGUAAAAUCGGAAGACUCCAGCUGACCACCACUGGACUAGACCCCAAGCAGGAGGCAGUGCCGGUGUCUAACCUGGACGUGGAGAGCAAGUUGACGUCGCACUACCAGGCCCCGUGGCACCAGCAGCGUAAUGUCUUCCACCCGUCCAGCCGACCGGCCUGCGUGGAGGAGCUCCACCGCCACGCCAAGCUCAGCCUGCGCGCACUGCAGAGAGACCAGCAUGCGCGUCAGCAGGCCAACAUCAGUCGGGAGCGGCGGGUCACCAUCAAUAUCGCCGUGGCACCCCCCAUGCCCACCUACCCCUCCCCCCGCACACUCAGGAGACGCCAGCAGAAGGCACGACACCUGGAAACGUUUCACAGUACCCGCCCGCCCUCCCCCACAGAAUGCUGUCACUUCUCUCCCUGGAGAAAGGCUGCUCCAUCUGCCGACCCCGACUCAGAGGUGGUGGCACUAGGCCACCGGCCCAAGGUUCCCAUCCCUAACGUCCCCUCCACGCUGGACAAGCAGACUAACUGGUCCCAGCCGCUGCCACUGCCCACGCCUGAGGAGAGGAUGAAAAACGACUCCCAAGUCAUCAACUCAUGCGUCGUGCCCAUUAACGUCACCGGGGUCGGGUUUGACAGAGACGCCAGUGUGCGCUGCUCCCUCGUUCACUCCCAGUCUGUUCUGCAGCGGAGGAGGAAGCUCAGGAGACGGAAGACCAUCUCCGGAAUUCCCAGGCGCGUGCAGCAGGACCUAGAUUCAGAUGAGUCUCCUGUCUCCAGGGAGAGGACGGUCAUUGUGCACGUAAGCCCAGAGUCUUGCCAGGAGGGCGGCAGCGGAGGGGAAGGAGGAGGAGGAGAGGACGGCGACACUCUCAGUAGCCGCCUGAGCACCACCAAGGACUCGGGCUGCCAGACGGAAGACGUCCUGAUCGCGGCCACUGCCCCCUCCCGCCGCCGCAUACGCUCCCAACGAGGCGGCGCAGCAGGCGGAGGACAGUGUGUCACCGUCGUCACCAUCGCCGGCGUCCCCCACUCGCACUCCACGGGCAACAUCAGCUCCUUGCCGUGCGACGACAGCUUGGACGCCAUGUACAGCAGCACGUCGGUGGGGGCUCGUCUGAGGUCCCGCAGCCUGCCCCGUGACGGCAGGCACCUGGUGGAUGAGGACCAUGACGACAGCGACGAGGAUGAUGAAGAGGAGGAGGAAGGGGAGGAGGAGCUGUCACCGUUUGAGGCGGAGGACUUCCUAUCCCUGCCCGGGGUGGCCGGGGAGCACAUCCUGAAGGAUGAGGAGGAGGAGGAGAGCACGGACGACCAGGCACUGCCUGAGCAUCGUCAUCACCAGCUGGGCGGCCUGCCGUUCGACCACCACCAGCACACGGGGAGCCCCGAACACGGAUGGCUGGAUCGGGGACGCUCGCGGCUACCGCGGAAGGCCGACAUGGGCAGCUGCGAGAUCUCCUCCAGCUCGGACACCUUCAGCAGCCCUAUCCACUCGGUGUCCAACGCCGGCGUGCUGACCAGCCAGCUGGACCACAAGGAGGACCACCAGUCCUCCAGCGGCAACUGGAGCGGCAGCAGCUCCACCUGCCCCUCCCAGACCUCGGAGACCAUCCCGCCGCUGGCCGCCUCCCCGCCGCUGACCGGCUCCUCGCACUGCGACUCCGAGCUGUCUCUGAACGCCGCCUCGCACGCCAACGACGACACCGCCGGGUUCAUACUCGACCCGUACCCGUUGGCGGAGGCGAGGUUGACGACGCAGGUUCUGAGGGGUCACCGGGCCGGGUCGUUCACCUCCACGGCCACGGACGUGCUGGACGAUGCUGGGGUCAGCACAGCUAGUGAAGGGGAGUGGGGGUAUCCACACCACCACCACCAGCAACACCCGCACCACCAUCACCACCACCAUCUCCGCCUCAGCGCCUCCUGCCACCAGGACUUCAGCCCGGAGCACUCCCGGGAGGAGGAGGAGGUCAGCUUGGAGUGCCCCAGCUUCACCAGCAUAGCCACCCUGGAGAGCCUCCUGGACAAGCCGCCGUCGGACAAGGCCGACACCGUGUCCCACUACUCGGUGGACAACGAAGGCUACUACACCUCCAUGCACUUUGACUGCGGCCUGAAAGAGAGCAAGAGCUUCACGUACAACUAUGCAGCCCAGGAGCAGCGGCAGCAGGUGGAGUACGGACGAGUUCACUCGGCCCUGGGCCUGGCCUCCUCGAAAAAUUGUUUGUCUCUGAGGAAACCAAAGGCGAAGCCCCCUCCGCCCGCGCGCAGCACGUCCCUGAAGAGGAUCAGUGGUGGAGGUGGUGGUGGAGGUGGAUGCCCUCACAGCAAGAGCGAACCAAAGAUGUCCAGCAGCGGGGGGCAGAACCUGCCGAUGUCACCCAGGGAGAAGAGGAUGCAGCUGGAGCUACCCCCGUCAUCAUCAUCAUCCUCCUCGGGGCAGCCUGAGGUGGAGGAGACACUUGAGGCCUGGGGCGUGCAGAGUGGAAGCAACAUGCCGGACGUCACGCUCUUCGUGUCUGGCGAGACGCACUCUUUCAAGGACGAAGGGGCUGUACAGUCCGACUAUGCUGAUCUCUGGCUGCUGAAUGACUUGAAAUCAAGCGAUCCCUACAGGUCGCUGUCCAACUCCAGCACGGCUACGGGUACCACGGUCAUUGAGUGCAUCAAGUCCCAGGAGAGCUCCGAAUCGCAGACGUCGCAGUCGGGAUCUCGCGCCACCACCCCUUCGCUGCCCUCGGUGGAAAACGACUUCAAGCUGCCCUCUCCCGAGAAGCUGAUUGGCCUCGCCUCGCCCUCGAGCGGGUACUCCAGCCAAUCAGAGACGCCGACGUCCACCUUUCCCUCAGCUUUCUUCCCGAGCCCCUUGUCCCCAGCCAGUGGCAAGAGGAAGCCCAAAGUUCCCGAGAGGAAGUCCUCUCUCUCCUCCUUGCAACAACACUCGUCCAAGAAGGAGCUAGAGCUGCCAGUCAUUCCCCCGACCCACCUCGACCUAAGUGCUCUUCACAACAUCAACAAGCCUUCGGCUCCCAGGAACCAGCUGCACGUCCUCCAUCAGACCAAGAAGAAGGCGGUGGUGGCGACAGCCGUAGUGGCGACAGCAACCAAAGCCGCUAACAGAGUCCCUGCCACCGCCGAGACGUUUGCCCCCCCUGCGCCCAUGGCCAUCACCCCCAACGUGCUGCGUUCUGUGCAGCUGCGCUCUGUCGGGAAGCCCAGCUUGGAGGGCAGCUCCGAGAAGCUCGGCGUAGACACCGCCACUCGCCCCAAGUGUCCCACUGUGACUGUCAGCACCACCAACAUCCCGGCCAACGCCAACACCAACAUCAACACCAACACCAAGCCUUUAGAAUCACGCAAACCUCCACCCUACAGACCGCAGGAAACUCUCGCUCAGGAGCACUGUGAAUCAAUGUUUACUCCAGGCAACAGAAGCGUAGCGAAGGACAUGGCUAAGGAUGUGGUAACGAGUAGCAGCGCUGCGAGAUUGAAGGUGGACAAGGAAAGGCCUGCACCCCAGUGGAGCAUGACGGCCUUCCGAGCCCAGAAGGAUGGCGACAAAGUUGAGGUUGACUCCUUCGAUAGUGGUAUUGAGGGGCAGGGGGCCUCUGAAGUCAGCAUAGGCCUUGAUGAGGAGACGCCAGGCUUGGGUGUCACCAAGUCUCUAUCCAUGGGCUACAGCACGGACGGGGAACUGAGUGAAGCGCUGAAGCACGAGCCACAAGAGAAAAGCUGGACCCUGAGCCUGAGCGAUUCAGGGUCAGUGCUGCCAACCUAUCAUGGGACAGCAGCCAAGAGGUCGGAAAGUCUUGACCAAGUGCCUGAUAUCAUAUCUCAAUCAGAAACACUGCAAGCGAAUACAAUCAGUGAUGCUGUUAGCAAAGAGGCGGACAAUCCAUCAGGUGUUCCUACCAGAAGUGCCUCACAGGAAAGUAAAGAUGAUGGCUCCACCCCGGACACAGAGGACUACUUCAGCAAAGUUUUCAAUCCUCUUUCAGAGUCCACACCAAGCGAUCCAACGGUAUCUCCACAAAAUGAUGAGAGCAAAGUCGAUGACGACAGUGUUUUCCUGUCACCAAAUAGGAGUCGUACAACUGAGGAUCUCUUCGCUAUGAUUCACAGGUCCAAAAGGAAAGUUCUUGGAAGGAAGGACUCCGCAGACCUCAGUGGGCGGAACAGGUUGGGCGGUGCUUCGGCCAGCAAUCCCCCUGGCAACACUCUGACCUCCCCGACCACCAGCACCCCCACCUCUCCCACCUCUACACCCACCGCCACCACACCGAGCACACCUACCACCCCCAACACCCCCAGUACCCCCACCAGCAGCUCCCAGAGAGCUUCAGGACAGAUCUACAGGAGCGCCAAGAAGUCCAGCACCUCCAACGAGGAGUUCAAGCUGCUGCUGUUGAAGAAGGGGAGCCGCUCGGAUUCCAGCUACCGCAUGUCGGCCACCGAGAUCCUGAAGAGCCCCGUCGCUCCAAAGUCACCCGGGGACGUUUUCGGCGGACAGCAGACGACGGCCGAGGCCACCUCUCCCCAGCAUCAGCAGCCACAGUCACCGCUGGGUGGUAGUGGUGGUGCUACUCCGGACCAGCUGCCAAGCCCUUUCCCCAAAGCCAACACAGAGGGGUUCAGCCCCAAAGCCUUCCCCCCCACCACUGCCUCGUCCCGGCAGGGUCGCUCCCGAAUCCCCCCGGCCGCCAAUAGUAGCCGGUACAGCGCCCGAAGCAGGCUGUACACGGCACCCAUGCAGGCCAUCUCCGAGGGGGAGACGGAGAACUCAGACAGUAGCCCACACGAUGACCGCUCCUCCUAGGUGGGGGUCGGUCGGUCGGUCGGUCGGUCGGCCGAUCGUCGACAAGGGCGAUCUCUUGUUUUUAACACUGUAAAAGGCUACUAACACUUAUCAAGACGAUAUCUCUCUCUUUUACGAAAUCCAAAAGUUAUAUAUCUUUGACAGAAAGAAAAAAGAAAAGCAUUCAGAUGGAUUUCUGAAUCGAUACUAUGAAAUUUGUUUUGUGUAAUGAUAAUCUGAUGUGUUAUGUCAUAGAGGAGUUGACAAAAAAAAACAAGGAAAAAAAUGACUUUGCAAAAACUUUCUACCCUUUUUGUACCACACAGCAAGAGUGAGCUGCUUGUAGAAAAGACAGAAAAUCUAUUGUAGUGAUGCUGUUUUUAAUCCUAUGAGAUGUUUUUUUAAUUGACAUUUUUAAAAUGCUGCAGUCCUCCAGGACUACAUAAUGAAAUCACUCUUGUUGUUUAUCAAAUAUUUAGUCACGAUAAACAACAACAAAAUACCAUCAUAACAACAAGGGCACAAGGGCAUCAUACUAAAAAUGCCCAAACUAUUGUUCUUUGUAGCUUUUUCACAGUUGACACAAAAAAAGAAGUCCAGGCCGUUUCAAUAGAAGGGAAACGAUAAAAGUCGAGUAUGCUAAUCUGUCUAUGUCAAGACACUUAGGACAAUCUAAUGGUGGCCUUUUUCUACAGUGGGUCUUGGGAUUGACUAGGCUGAUUGGGACCUACCGUUUGGGCUGUCGAGCCAUUUUGGCAAGUCUAAUAACAAUCCUCGGCCGGAUGCAAGAUACAUAGGUGCGUUUUGUCACCUACCACACCUUUGCACUUCGAGUUCCUCAAGAAUACCAUUUCGCCAGAUUUUUAUUUGACAAUUCAUGCCACAUUGUAAAAAUAGACACAUAAAUAUUAGACUGUAUAGACUGUAACUACACAUGACACACACAAAUAUAUAAAGAGAUUAUAUACUGUAAAGCUAUGAUUUAAUGACACAAGCUGAAAAAUGGCAGUGAAAUCUUUUGUCAAUGGCACAUAAUGAUUCCACACAGCCUGUCUGUUACCGUAGACAUGGGAUCCUGAUAUGGGAUCUGUCACACGCAGCAGAUAAACUAUGCUAUGGAAUGACCAGCUCUUCAAUUUGUCAUGAAAUGUUUGGUAACCUUUUUAAAUUUGUCACAUGAAAAAAUAACUAACCUUAAUUACUGUGCUAUUGAUAUUUUAUCUUUUCAACUGAACAUAAAAAACUGAGCACUAGUGACAGCAAGGUAGCAGAUUUGUGGGAGAACUUUUGAAAAUAUAUACAUGGUAACUUCAGUGUAUUCUGUGAAUACCUCUGCCAAUAUUAUGCAGUUUAAUUUGAGAUCUUACAACGUUCACUCAAGGUGAUUAUUAAUCAAGAUGAAUAUCAUCACAUUCAUAACAAACACAGCCAGAUUAACACUGUGCAAUUUAGAGUAGGAAAAACAAUCCCCUGUGAUACCAGUAGAUCACUGGAUUGCAGAACACUUUGACCAGCAUGUGGUGGAGUUUGUUUUGUAACAUAAUACCUCCCCUUGUCCUCUCAUUGUACGCAUGCAUUUGAAAAAAAGAGAACGUUUGAAAUGGGAAAAUAUAUAUAUACCUAUAUAAAUAUACAUAUACAUAAAAAUCUGAUUUUGUGAAUUAACAUUGUCAGCAUCAUUUGAAAUCGUCUUGUCGGUAUGUUGAGUAGAUGUACACACGGUAACCAUUUUCUUCUAGCUGUAUGAUAGUAGUGAUAUCUUUUUUUUGCUAUAUCGAAGCAAGAAAUUACUUGACAAUCUCAUCAAUCAAAAUCUCCUAUGAACAGUUCAGGUGGCAACCAGAGGUGGCAACAGAGCAUAAAAAGGGGGUCAUGGACUGGGCAGUGGCCGCAAGGGCAGGAAAGGUCAAGAGAGCUGGCUGGGGCCUUGCACAGUAGAGGUCAGUACAGUAGCCUAUGCAGCGUCAGACAAAUUGGAUUGAGAAAGUCGAAGUCCUGUUAUUGUUUUCCAUCUUGCCUGUGCUGACAGCACAGGUGAUUUCAUGAAUUUGCUAAAAAGCAUAUAUGAAAUAGGGCCUACGUGCACAUCCCAAAAACAAUUGUUACGUGUGCCUGAUAUAAAUGAACGCAUGAAAAAAGAAAAUAUAUUCGCACAUCGUACUAUCUCCCUUGAUGCGAUUUAUUUGAUUUUACUUGAUUUACCAGCAGAACAUUUCGACCUAACAAGGUCUUCAAUGCUUGUCACCUUUUUCAUGAUGUAGCUCAUCUAAUUUUCACAAAUUAGCUCAUGCUAAAACUAGGAUCUGCAAAUUGAGGAAACCAGCUGGAACAAAAAACGUAGCAGGACUUCUUCCUUUUUGAACCCAGGAUGUUUGCCCUUGCCAGUAUGGCAGGGCUAGACGGCAUGGCCGAAGGGCGUUUGUUCAGCAGCAGUACACGUGAUCUGGGGUGUAGAAAACGCAAUGUUGUGAAGGUAGUGGCAAGUGUAGAGAGAGCUGGAGCAAGCAAGAUGGAUAGUCAAUAGACGCUGAGGAGGAGGAGGGUUCAAGAGAAGAGUGUAGGUACUUCUUUUGCAGCUAUCGCUGUUGUUUUAAGAACAUGGAAGUAACAAGUUGUCUUGAGUCUAAAUUGCCAGGGUGUAGUUCAGUGAUGGGAAACCUGGAUUCAUUAGUGAAAGUCUAGCGACAAUUCAAAAUGACCUGAUUUUACCUGUCCAGUUCAACCAGGUGUUUGCCCUAAUUGAAGAGGUAAAACCAGAUCAUUUGGAAUAUGUGACACUGGAUUAAAGCUUCUGAAUCCAGUUUGCUCCAUCACUGUUGUAGUUAGAGUGCAACGUCAUGUGUGUGAGAGAGUGAGUGUCGCGUUGUUGGUGUUUCAUGCGUGAGACUUUACAACAUGUCCUUUUAUGAGAUUUCUGAAUCAUGUUUAAAAAUAUGUGUAAAUACAUAGAACAUAAUGCCACAACCCUGUAUGUGCGUUUGAUGUCCAACCAUAGAUUUUGGAAUCUAUUGUUUUUUUCUCAUUCUGAUGCAGCAAAUAACAAAUGAUUUAUCAAGAUAUUUAUUUUUGGUACUUAAUUAUUCAAGAAAAAAAAGAAAAUUCAGUUAAAAUUGGAAAUCAAAAAAUAUUCUUCUCAUGAAAUUGGCGCAGAACUUAAAGCCCGGCACAUUUCAUCAGACAUUGAUGUUUACCCAUUGUUAAUAAACAAAAGCUACAUAUAAGCUUCAUGUAACUUAGAACACAAAUGCUGAGAUAAAAUAUUAGCCAGUGACGACCACUCAAAGCAGAAUUCGACAUUAGCAUUAUUGUUUUUACCUGGUCCUUGUCGUCUUGAAUUCUACCACACAAAUGAGCUAAACUGCCAUCUCUUUUCUCCCAGCAUACACACUUUGCAUCAUGUAACGAAACAUUGGUAAAGAUUAAAAAAAGAUUACUGUCUUGCUGAAGUUAAACUAUUCUUCAGUGUCUUUCUAGCCUCAAUUCUCUUCUUAACUUACAUUUUGAUGUGGCUACAGAAGUAAAGAGGCCAAUGUUUUGAAGUUUUUUUAAACAUCUUUCUGGCUUUGUGUCAGUCACACUUUCAAAGGGAAAACAAACAUGGCUGACUCUUUUCACCAUUGACCUAUCCGCCAAAACAGAAUGACUUCACAAUCAAAUGAACCACUGUCUAGUUUACAUUGAAACAUCCACCUCUUACAGGGUACUGUAUGCAGAGGGCAAGAAUUCUCUAGAAUAUCAUUCCAAGAAAUGUAAAGUAUAUCUUCCACAUUUGCACUGAUAUAUUGAAGUAUCCAUUUUGUCUCUUGCUGUAACCUAAAGUUAUUUAUAUAGAAUUUACAUUUAAACAAAACUGUUUGAAUUUCUUUACAGCUGACUUAGACAUGCUUCAAGGGAAGAGACACACGUAGCACAUACUUUUACCAAAUGGUCUAAGAUGUCUACAGGUGUAAGGGUAGAUGUUUGAGGUUACUUGAUCAAUAAAAUAUCACAAACGACAACAAAUACCUUGCCUGCAUAAGAGAGUUACACAUCAACUGUUUCGGUACUAGAUGCAACUCCUUCAGACUGAAAGCUUCAAUCAAGUAGAUUUGCAUCAGUUUUGUAUUUUUGUACAGAUUUUGUAAAUACAAUACCUUUCUAAAUUGUUGCAGAGGUGUUUUCUUUUUGUAAAAUGUUUUAAAAAGUUUACAUUACUUCCAAGCCUUUGUAUAUUUUUGAGCUGUGCAACUCUUUGAGUCUUGUAUUUAUUUUUUAGUAAACAUUGUGAAAAAAUACCAUUGUAAAUCUCUGAACGAUGAUUUGCCAACAUGACUGGCUGCUUAGUAAAUGUGCAUAGAAGGAGCCAAUAAAUGUGACUGCAUUCAAAAACAAGCACGCUUCCACGUCAUCUGUGUAUCAAUGCAUUGCUUUGUCACAAAUUGUGGUAUGCCAUAGGCUGAGUGAAUGACCAG